AAGUGUCACAAUUUGAUACAUGUUUUUAGCUUUUAUUUGUGUUCGAUGACUUCAUAAGCUAAAUACGAGAAAAUGUUAAUUAUAAAUGAAUUUAUGCAUGUGACUAACAAGUGUAAAUAUUAUCGAGGAUAGCUGUUGUUAUGGGCGGCUCAUUGUAUUGGAUGAAUGAAUUGAAUCUGGCUUCACGCAUGUGUUAGUUAUGUAAACAUGGACAGGCCGGACACUGCUUUCACUCUGGCUUAUGUAGUAUUCACACUGUGUUUUGUUUUUACGCCAAAUGAGUUUCGUUCGGCUGGUUUUACGGUUCAGCAUCUGUUCUCAGAGUUGCUGGGUAGUGAAGACAUCUGCUUCAUUCAGCACCACAUCAGGAGAACCACACUGACUCUACUCGCACACUGCUUCUUACCGCUGGGUUACUACAUAGGAAUGUGUUUUGCUGCUCCAGAACAGAAUCUCAUUUAUGUCCAUCAUGCAAGUCAAGGAUGGCAAAUCUACUUGGGCGUUUCACUUGCCAUCCAGCUUUUGAGCUGUGCUCUUGCUUUCUAUUGGUCCAGGCGUGGAUGGGCGAAUCAUCCGAUAUGUAAAGCUCUGAGUGUGCAUGCAUUACCUCAGUCUAGCUGGAGAGCCGUCGCAUCUUCCAUCAACACAGAGUUUCGCCGCAUUGACAAAUUUGCUUCAGGUUCUCCAAGUGCAAGAGUGAUAGUCACUGAUACUUGGGUGAUGAAGGUCACAACAUACUACUUGCAUGUUGCAUUACAUCAAGACUGUCAUUUGACUGUCACAGACUCCAAGCAUCACAACCUGUCACCUGAAUUAAACACACCGGUACAGAUUGUCACCAUCACCGUUGCCAGCAUCAACCCAAGAGUCAAGUCUUUUGACAUAAGAUUGAAAUCUACAGAGUAUGUUGAACUACAAGAGAAGCUGCAUGCACCAAUCAGAAAUGCUGCCAAUGUGGUCAUCCAUUUGACAAUGAGUGAGCUAUUUUUGGAGACCUUCAAGACUUAUGUGAAGAUGAAUGAAGUUUACAAUUGCCCAAGUGAACAGGAACUGGAACCAUGUAUUGGAUGUAUGCAGGUGAAUGCCAAUGUGAAGCUUGUGUGUAUGUGUCAGGAGGAUGGUGAAGGUGACUGCCAGCACUGUUACUGCAGACCCAUGUGGUGUCUCACCUGUAUGGGCAAAUGGUUCGCCAGCCGUCAAGACCAGCAGCAGCCAGAGACGUGGCUGAGCAGCAGGGUCCCCUGUCCCACCUGCAGGGCCAAGUUCUGCAUUCUGGAUGUCUGUCCCAUUCAUUGAUCGAAUAUAUUCCAUCAGUUCAUGCUUUUCAUAUCCAUAGGCCUUUGAAACACUCAGCACUUCUGUAUAAAUCUCUUCAAAGGGACAUUAUUGUAUCAGAAACUUGUUGGUUUAUUAAAUGUUAAUAAUGUUUCUGCCUCCCAAGCUAGACACAUAUCUGAUUAUUAUGGGUGAAUGUAAAAAUAAUAAAAAAAAAAUAGAAUUAAAAGAAAGAAUUGAGAAAUGCUACAGUAUUUGCACAAUAAAAAUGAAGACAUUUAAAGAUACGAAUAAGGUUUUACAUUGCAACAUUAUUUUCACACCAAUUAAGACCCCCUCCACCAGUUGACAUUACCACAAUGCAAAUUUUUGUUUUCUUUGAAAUAAAAUCGAAUUUGUUAUUGUAAUGCCUUAAAAAAACUGUUAGUUUGCAAAAUCUUUAUACAUAAUGGUAGUAUUUGUUGUAUUGCUUGUCAAACAGUAAAACAUUACAGCGGUACAUCGAUGAGAAUCACCGUUAUUUAGAAUAAUGAGAAUUAAUAAACAAUAAAAACUCAAAAAUCGACAUGCAUUACAGUAAUGACACUUUGGGGGGCAAAUUGUCAUGAAAAUGCAAUGCAAAAACAAAACAAAAAAUACAACUACUGGUCCAACAAAACAGGCUUCAUUUUCUUAAAGGGGACCUAUUAAGCCCCUUUUCACAAGAUGUCAUUUAAAUCUUUGGUGUCCCCAGAAUGUGUCUGUGAAGUUAAAGCUCAAAAAACCCUACACAUAAUUUAUUAUACCAUGUUGAAAAUGCCAAUUUCUGGGUGGGAAUAAAAACAUUUUUUUUGUGUGUGUGUGUCUUUAAAUGCAAAUGAGCUGGUGCACCCCGCCCCGUAUCCAGAAUAGGGCGGAGUUGUGACAUAUCGUAAGCUAAAAUAGUGGCGUUCGGAAUCAGACACUGAUGAGGGAGAGAGUCCAUCAGAAGUAACAACUUUGAGAAUGAACCAGGAAGUUUUGCAAAGGUGGAUGAGCACACACACACACACACACACACACACAAAUACUGUUACAACGUUCGCUAUGCGCUAUAACGAAACACAAACAAACAAACGUGUCCGUCAACAGUCGUGGGCGGGGCCUGUACAUAGUGACGUAACUGUACAGAAUCUGCAAAUGGCUUGUUCUGAGACGGUGCUUAUGAUUAAUGGGGAAAGACUGGGUAGAUUUGAUAAUUAUAGGGUGGUUGUGUACACACACUGCCAACACACGUUUAUGUUUAAAGUGAAUUUUGCAUAAUAGGUCCCCUUUAAAUCUUAAUUUUUUGAGGGUUCAUUUUUGUAAUAUUUCUCCAGAGAUUGGGUGCACGCCAUAUAAACUGAUUGUAUUUUAUUUUUAUUCAAUUAUUAGAAUUGUCAGAAAAGUUUCUUUGAACUUUGUAAAAUAAUCUCUUCCUCGUAAUAAAGAUUAUACUGAGUUGCUGAUCAUUGUUUAGGUGCUCGUAUGACACUGGAAUGAAUGAUACGUUUCUGCAAAAGUACAUUUAAUAUCUGAACCAUCAUUUACAAAAACAAAAAAACGUCUCAAAUGUAUAUUGUUUUUG